AUGCUCAAGAGGCCCGGCGAGUACGAACCACCGUUAGGUAAAAUUUGGACGAGAGCAGAAUCUCGAAUGUGGACGAUAACCAUGUUCAGUGGAACGUGUGUUCUCUACGCCGCCCGUGCAAGUCUUCCGAUAUGUGCCGCAGCUGUUGCCAAAGAGUUCGCAUGGAAUAAAACAGAUUCUGGAACAGUACUAUCCUGUUUCUUCUGGGGAUACGCUCUGACACAAGUGUUCGCUGGAAGGAUAGCUGACAAAUAUGGCGCUGAGAAAAUCCUCCCUUACUCGAGUCUCGCCUGGACAAUGAUCACCUUCUUCACACCUCACCUAUUCGAUUUCGCUUACUGGACCAACUACCCGCUCGUUGUUCUUCUAACAAUUCGAAUUCUAACGGGUGUCUGCCAAGCAUUCCAUAUUCCAUCAUUGGCUUCAAUUGUAUCAAAACACUUGGCCGCAGCUGACAAAGGACGUGUUUUUGGAAUCGUUUUGGCUGGCUCCCAUUGGGGUACUGUCCUUGCCGGUGCUAUUGGAAGUAUAUUGAUCGAAUGGAUCGGAUGGAGAUCGUUAUUCCAAUUUGUGGGAAUUCUCUCGCUUGUCUGGUGUUGGAUAUUCCGAUGGGUUCUGGAUAAGAAGAAUGGGACAGGUGGAGGAAGAAGUUCUCCACAGCCAGAUGAAGAAGUUCUUAUAGAUAAGAAGCAUGACACCAUAGAAUCCCACUUAUCAGCCAACACACCAUGUCCCUCUGUUCCUUGGGGAACACUCUUCCGUCAUCCAGCUUUCUGGGCUGCCGCAGUUGCUCAGUACACCGGAGGCAAUUCCUACUCGAUUCUGUUCAAUUGGCUCCCCUCCUACUUCCACGAGACCUUCCCAACUGCAAAAGCGGUCGUAUACAAUGUGGUUCCAUCAUUAGCCAUCGUCGUGACCUCCUUAGUAGCUCCUGUGAUGGCUUCCCGAGCACUAGCGGAAGGAAAAACUGUUACCUACACCAGAAAACUUAUGGAAGGAGUUAGUCUUAUUGGAAUCGCGUUCUGUCUAAUGCUAGUUCCAAUGACUUCUUCCUUCUGGCUCUCAUUGCUCAUUUUCACGAUGGCCAUGGCUGCAAGAGGGUUACAUCACGGUGGAGUGUCUGUGAAUCCACACGACUUUGCACCGAAUCAUGCUGGAUCGGUUUUUGGCGUCUUCAACGCUUGCGGAGCUAUCACUGGAUUCGUUGGUGUCUACAUCGCCGGGCACAUUCUCGAAGCCACUAACAACAACUGGUCCUACGUGUUCAUUGUUACGGCGGCUCAGUGUGUUGUAGGAGCAAUGGUAUACACACUUCUAGGCACUGGUCAGAAGAUUAUUUGA